AUGGAUUCCUCAAAUACUGAUGCCCCUUACGGCAAAAAGAAGGAGCACUUCUGGGCUUUAGCUGGUGGUGCUCUCAUCAUCAUUGGCGUUACUUUAUCUACAAGAAACCCUAAUCACCUUAUUAGGAUAUUCUAUGAAAAGCUUGGUUUACAUGCAAUCUAUCGAAACCAAAGGAUAACCCUGGCAACUCCGUUGCCUAAUGUACCCAUUUCUCCACUUUUGGCUGAUUUGGUGGCGGACUUGAAAUCUGGCAGCGUGCCACUGCCUAUCAAGAUUAAUGGGAGGCUGAAAUGGAAGAUUAGCUCGUCCAUGAUUCCUGGAAUAUAUCAAUUGAUCGUGCAUUGUCCAGCUUAUGUUCUUCUUCGCAAACCGAGAAAGGUGGAUUCAGCAGUCAAGUGUGAGUUUGUGGAACCUUGUAAAGUGAUAGUCAACUAA